UUUAGUGACCCAGAGAGAAGCCCCGAAAGGAGUUGCUCUUUGGCAGGAGACCAUGUCUACCGUGGUAGCUCAGUCGCUGCAUGUUUUUGGUCUUCGAUCCCGUGUAGCCAACAAUAUCUUCUUCUUUGAUGAACAGAUCAUUAUAUUUCCUUCAGGAAAUCACUGUGUAAAGUACAAUGUGGAUCAGAAAUGGCAAAAAUUCAUUCCAGGCUCAGAAAAGAGUCAGGGCAUGUUAGCCUUGGCCAUCAGUCCCAAUCGGCGAUACCUCGCUAUCUCUGAGACUGUACAAGAAAAACCUGUCAUCACCAUUUAUGAAUUGUCAUCUAUCCCUUGCCGAAAGCGCAAAAUCCUGAGUAAUUUUGACUUCCCAGUUCAUAAAUUUAUUAGCAUGGCUUUUUCUCCAGACUCCAAAUACCUUUUGACUCAGACAUCACCUCCAGAAUCAAACCUUGUGUACUGGCUGUGGGAAAAACAGAAAGUAAUGGCCGUCAUUAAAAUUGACACUCAGAACAACCCUGUCUACCAGGUGAGCUUCAAUCCCCAGGAUAACACUCAUAUUUGUGUCACUGGAAAUGGGAUGUUUAAGCUUCUCCGCUUUACUGAGGGAACUUUGAAGCAAACCAAUUUCCAGAGGGGAGAACCCCAAAACUAUUUAGCCCAUGCCUGGGUGACUGAUGACAAGAUUAUUGUUGGCACUGAUACAGGCAAGCUCUUCCUCUUUGAAUCUGGAGAUCAACGCUGGGAGACAAAUAUAAUGGUCAAGGAGACUACCAAUGGCUCUAAGAGCCUGGAGGUCAUCCAGGAAUCAGAGAGCCUGAUUGAGUUUCCUCCAGUCAGUUCUCCAGUCCCCUCCUAUGAACAGGUCAUGGCAGCAAGUAGCCAGGCCCACCUGGCCAUGCCUGAGGUGUUUGCCAUUGCACCCUAUUCCAAGGGAUUUGCAUGUUCUGCUGGGCCAGGAAGAGUUCUACUCUUUGAGAAGUUGGAAGACAAGGAUUUUUACCGUGAGAGCAGAGAAAUUCAGAUUCCUGUGGACCCACAGAGCCAUGACCCAAGUCAGUCUGACAAACAGGAUGUGCUCUGCAUGUGCUUCAGCCCCUCAGAGGAGACCCUGAUCGCCAGCACCAGUAAGAACCAACUGUACAGCAUCACCAUGUCCCUGACGGAGAUCAGCAAGGGGGAGCCUGCUCACUUCGAGUAUCUGAUGUACCCAUUACACUCAGCAUCCAUCACCGGUCUAGAUACCUGCAUCCGCAAACCUCUCAUUGCCACCUCUUCUCUGGAUCGAUCUGUUCGCAUCUGGAAUUAUGAAUCAAAUACUCUGGAACUAUUUAAGGAAUACCAGGAAGAGGCGUAUACGAUCAGCCUUCAUCCAUCUGGACACUUCAUCGUAGUGGGGUUUGCUGACAAACUACGCCUUAUGAAUCUACUCAUUGAUGAUAUACGUUCUUUCAAAGAAUACUCCAUCAGAGGAUGCAGAGAGUGUUCCUUUAGCAAUGGAGGUCACCUGUUUGCUGCAGUCAAUGGAAAUGUGAUUCACAUUUUUACCACAACAAGCCUAGAGAACAUCUCAAACCUGAAAGGACACACAGGGAAGAUUCGUUCCAUCGUGUGGAAUGCAGAUGACAGCAAACUGAUUUCUUGUGGUACAGAUGGUGCUGUAUAUGAAUGGAAUCUGACCACAGGGAAGAGAGAGACAGAAUGUGUGCUCAAGUCCUGCAGUUACAACUAUGUUACCAUCUCCCCCGAUUCCAAAAUUAUAUUUGCUGUUGGAUCAGACCAGACCAUCAAGGAGAUUGCAGAUUCUUCGGUCCUUCGAGAGAUGUCAGCAUUCGAUGUCACCUACACAGCCAUUGUCAUUUCACAUUCCGGGCGCAUGAUGUUUGUGGGCACCUCAAUGGGAACCAUCCGUGCAAUGAAGUACCCUCUACCUUUGCAGAAAGAAUUCAAUGAGUACCAGGCCCAUGCUGGUCCUGUCACCAAGAUGUCGAUCACCUUUGAUGACCAGUUCCUGGUAACAUCUGCUGAGGAUGGCUGCCUGUUCACCUGGAGAGUCUUUGACAAGGACGGUCGGGGAAUCAAGCGAGAGAGGGAGGUGGGCUUUGCCGAAGAGGUGCUUGUGACUAAAACAGACAUGGAAGAGAAGGCUCAGAUUAUGUUGGAGCUGAAGACUCGUGUAGAAGAAUUAAAGAUGGAGAAUGAGUAUCAGCUUCGACUAAAGGACAUGAACUAUUCUGAGAAGAUUAAAGAGCUAACAGACAAGUUCAUCCAGGAAAUGGAGUCUUUGAAAACAAAAAACCAGGUUCUAAGAACAGAAAAAGACAAGCAGGAUGUAUUUCAUCGUGAGCAUAUAGAAGACCUCCUAGAAAAACAGAACCGGGAACUGCAAGACCUGGAGUGUUGCAACAACCAGAAGUUGCUUCUAGAAUAUGAGAAGUACCAGGAGUUGCAGCUUAAGUCCCAGAGGAUGCAGGAAGAGUAUGAAAAACAGCUUCGGGAUAAUGAAGAAACCAAGAGCCAGGCCCUGGAGGAGCUCACCGAGUUUUAUGAGGCUAAACUGCAGGAGAAAACCACCCUUCUGGAAGAGGCCCAGGAGGAUGUCAGGCAGCAGCUGCGGGAGUUCGAAGAGACCAAGAAGCAGAUUGAAGAAGAUGAAGACCGAGAAAUCCAAGAUAUCAAAACCAAGUAUGAGAAGAAGCUUCGGGAUGAAAAGGAGUCAAACCUGCGGCUCAAAGGAGAAACAGGCAUUAUGAGGAAGAAGUUCAGCAGCCUGCAGAAGGAGAUUGAAGAGCGAAUCAAUGACAUUGAGAUCCUGAAGGGAGAACAGGUGAAGUUGCAAGGAGUCAUCAGGUCCCUGGAAAAGGACAUCCAAGGCCUCAAGCGAGAGAUCCAAGAAAGAGAUGAGACUAUUCAAGACAAGGAGAAACGAAUUUAUGACCUGAAAAAGAAAAAUCAAGAACUAGAGAAAUUCAAGUUUGUGCUUGACUACAAAAUAAAGGAGCUGAAAAAGCAAAUAGAACCUCGAGAGAAUGAGAUCAAGGUGAUGAAGGAACAGAUUCAGGAGAUGGAAACUGAAUUGGAGCGUUUUCAUAAGCAGAACACACAACUGGAACUGAACAUUGCGGAAUUGUUGCAGAAAUUAAGAGCCACUGACAAGGAGAUCGGCAGAGAGAGACAGAAGGAACGGGAUUUGGAAGCCCUGGUGAGACGGUUUAAGACAGACCUUCACAACUGUGUGGCUUACUUCCAAGAGCCUCGGCUGCUGAAGGAGAAGAUCCAGGCUCUUUUUAUGAAGUACGUGCAGCGGGCAGACAUGGUGGAGAUCGCAGGACUGAACACAGACCUGCAGCAGGAGUAUGCCCGGCAGCGGGAGCACCUGGAGAGGAACCUGGCCACUCUCAAGAAGAAGGUGAUCAAGGAGGGUGAGCUGCACCGUACUGACUACGUCCGCAUCAUGCAGGAAAAUGUCUCUCUGAUCAAGGAAAUUAAUGAGCUCCGCAGGGAGCUGAAGUUCACUCGCUCCCAAGUCUAUGACCUUGAAGCAGCUUUGAAACUUUCCAAGAAAAUCCGACCACAAGAAGUUCCAGACUCAGCACCUAGCAAGGAUGGGCUCAGCAUCACCCCCACCACGAGACUGAACGAGCAAGAAGAAACAUGGAGAAUCAUUGAAAUGCAACGCUUGGAAAUCCAGCGCCUCAGAGACCAGAUCCAGGAACAGGAGCAAAUGCCGGGCUUCCACACACUCACUGGAAUCCGGCUUCCUUCCCUCGCCUCAGAGGUGGACACCGAGGUGCAGACCAAGUGA